AUGACAUAUUCCACCGGCAGAGGAGGUGCUGGUAAUAUCCAUUCUUCCAUGAAUAUCACUUCUGACAACAACUACAUAUCACCAUCAAAAUCAGCUUCUCAAACGCCAACGCAGAAUACUAAAUCAAAUUCUCCAGAAUUAUCCAAGACAAUAUCAAACAACAAACGAGUCUAUUACUCUACAGGACGAGGAGGUGCAGGUAACAUCCAGUCCUCAGAUCAAAUACCUUCUCCAAAAUUAGUACCCAUGGGUUCAAAUACCCCACAGUUGACUACUAAUAAAAUAACUACUGGUAGAGGAGGAUAUGGGAAUAUGGUUGAUAAUGAUAGUCCUCAAUUAAGUAGAAAAUUACAAGAUGUUGAUGGUCCUCCAUUGGAAAAUGAUUUAAAAGCAAUCGCAUCAAAUAAAUCAUUUCUGGUUGGUAGAGGUGGAUUUGGAAAUGUGAUUUCUAAUUCAAGAAGUAAUGCCAGUAGUGGUGAUGCUAAUGCAAAUGCAAAUGCUGGACCUGGACCUGUUACUAGUGCAGGAAGUGAUGUGCCUAAUUUAUAUACCAUUUCUUCUCGUGGUGAUCAAAAGGAUAAGAAGAAACCAGGGUUUUUAUCUAAAAUUAAAGAAAUCUUUGGUCAAUAA